AUGAAGCUUCCUCUCACACAAUUUUUACAAUUGAAUCUGCGUCAAAGCAAUAUAAAAGGAUUUACAUCUAUUAGAUGUUUAAGUACUCAAGAAGCUAUAGAACGUCGGCAUCAUCUAUUUACAUUAGAGAAGAAGCGGCAAUUGGAGAACGUUGGCAGAAUAGAAAAGAUUGAAGUAAGAUAUAAGGGAAUUCCCAAAGACUGCACCUUAGUUAUGAAUAAGGAUAUUUCUACACCGUAUGACUGCGCAAGACACUUCAGUGAAUGGCAUAUGGAAAGUAGUGCUUUGGCUCUCAUCGAUGGCAGUAUGUAUUGGGAUAUGCAUAGACCUCUAACAGAGAGCUGCACAUUAGAGUUCCAGACAUUCAACAUAUCAGAGCCUCAGCAAGUAAAUAAGGCGUUUUGGCGGACGUGUUCAUUUAUGCUUGGAGCAUGUGCUACCGUUGCGUUCAAGGACAAAGUCACAGUAAAAUUACACAGCUUUCCUGGCCCUGACAUUCGUAGUGGGUCGUUCAUCUACGACGUGGACCUCCCAACCCUACCGGAUUGGAAGCCCACGCCACAGGAAAUGCACACACUGAGCGCUGAAUAUGUCAAAUUAACCAGACAGAACGACUUGAUAGAGAGGCUGGAAGUUGGUCAGGAGUUGGCUCUGGAGAUGUUUGUAGACAAUGAGCACAAAACGAAACAGAUACCUGAUAUAGCUAGGACAAAUGGCAAAGUGACUCUAUACAAAGUAGGCAAACACGUGGACAUAUCAAAGGGACCCAUGAUAAGCAGUAGCGGACAGAUCGGCAAAGUCUUCGUGUCUGCAGUUCAUAAACUACUGGGUUCACCGGAGAGCGACUUGAAGCAGUUGUAUAGGUUCCAAGGCGUAGCCCUGCCGACCGGCGUCAUAUUGAAUCACUUUGCAUUCUCCAUUCUCACGGAACGCGCUAAAAAAUUGAAUUCUGCCAGAUCACCGAUCAAUCCAUUUGUCGACACGAGAGAAUCUGUCGAACCACAGAGUAUGCAAGCUCAUGCUUGA